AAACAAGCAAUAGAAAGCAAAACGGCGUCGUCCUCGAAUGGGCCCCCUCUCUCUUUCGAGCAGAGCGAAAAAAAUUAGGGCUUCUGGGGUUCUUCGCCGAGUCGGUGACCACCUCCAAGGUGCAAAAUUUCGCUUCCGAUUCGGCAUUCUUCACCUCCGUACCGCAUAAAUUCCCAAAUCCCCGAGCUGGGUGAGCGAAAUUCAUGUUCUGAUUGCUUUCUCUGAUCCGUUCGCCGCAGGGAUUGAUUCAGCGUAGCGGUGUUUUUGAGAGAGAGAGAGAGAGAGAGAGAGAGGACGGGAAGCUCAGGCGCAAGGCCGGCCUGUGGAGGAGUGUCUUUGCUUUCUGGAACACACGAGCGGCGAGCCUGUUUUUUAGUGGUAGGCUAGGCUUCAUUAUGGCGGACUCUGGUGAGGCUAAGCAGGCUGAACCAGGAAAUUUGGAGGAGACAGUGUGUAGCUUUUUCAGGAAGCCAUCAAGAAAUAAGAAUAUCAGGAAGCGGAUGGUUGAAGAAGACGAUGAUGAAGAUUCCAAGACGGAGAGUUCAGUGUUACAUAAUCAGAAGAAACGUCAAAGGACAGGCAAUAAGCUGUAUUUUUCAACUGGAUCCUCCAAGAGCUCUGUGUCUGCAGAAUCAAAGGUUGAUUCUGAUAAGCCGAUAUUUCAAUUUGAGUCUUCAAAAGAAAUUCAAGUUGAACAUGAUAGCAGAGCAACAGCUACUCUGGAAACUGAGACUGAGUUCUCAAAAGAUGCCCGAGCUAUUCGAGAGAGAGUUCUUGAGCAAGCAACUAAUGAGAUAAGUGGGAAAAGUAAGGGCACUGGUGAUGAGAAGCUGUAUAAAGGGGUCCAUGGUUACACUGAUUACAAGGCGGGGUUUCGGAGGGAGCAGACAAUAUCCAGUGAGAAAGCUGGAGGGGCACAUGGGCCCUUGCGAGCUUCAGCUCAUAUUAGAGUCUCAGCAAGGUUUGAUUAUCAGCCUGACAUAUGCAAGGAUUACAAAGAAACUGGUUAUUGUGGAUAUGGAGAUGCAUGUAAAUUUAUGCAUGACCGAGGAGAUUACAAAUCUGGGUGGCAGUUGGAGAAGGAGUGGGACGAGGCAGAGAAGGCAAGGAAGAGAAAUUUAGCCUUGGGAGGGAAUGAUGAAGAUGAAGAGGAUGUUGACCAAAUAGAAGAUGAAGAAGAUGAUGAAUUGCCCUUUGCAUGCUUCAUUUGCAGAGAGCCAUUUGUUGAUCCGGUCGUCACCAAAUGCAAGCACUACUUCUGUGAGCAUUGUGCACUAAAGCAUCAUGCGAGGAACAAGAAGUGCUUUGUCUGCAACAAACCCACCAUGGGUACAUUUAAUGUUGCUCAGGAGAUAAAGAAGAAAAUGGCUGCAGAAGGUGGAAAAUGAUGGACAUUGUCAAUAAAAGUGGCAAAUUUAGUGAAAAGGGCCGGGGUUGCACUGUAAGUAUUUCUUCACUAGAGAAGAAACUUGAACGACUCAUAAGAAAAAGGAACUAGGAGGGGACCCGAGACAACCUAGCUUCUCUGUCUCAGUUCCUUGGAGUAGUUGACUGACUAAUGCCCCUGCUAAAAAUGUCGUCAACAUGGACGGUGUGGCAGAAAAUGCGAGUUUUUGGACGAAAUGGCCUUGAUCCCAUUGUUCAAAGUCCAUAGCCCGGCAAUAGAGUGGUUUUCAUCCUUGCUUCUAACAUGUUAAUGGUUAAUAAUAGCUCACUCCCUAAGGGUUAGGCUGCCCCCUUUUUUUCAGUUAAGUUCGGCUCGGUCAGAAUUAUACAGAUGUACAAUCAGUUGCAGGGCAUGUAUUAUUUUUAUCUUCGCUGUCUCGGAUGAUGUUGCCUUUAUAUUACUCUUCAAAUCAUGCCAUUCCGAUCAGAAUGAGCACCUUCAAUGUUGUUACUCUUUCAAA